CUAGAUUCUUCCCGUGUGGCUUCUUGCACGAGUCCUGACACGAGGGGGGAGAACCGGAGAAGGCACAGCAUUUCGGCGUCCAUUUUGGCCUUGGCGGACGAGCGAAAUUUCCAAGUUCCAAGCACAUGCCGAUGAGGAGGAGGACGUCUUGACCACAGCAGCCACCCAAAACCGUCAUCUCCGACUCGAACCGGGCGCCCAACCAAUUGUCAUAUCUGCUCUGACUCCAAGCGGGAGCAGCAGCUGCUGCAGCCAUGGCUUGCUCCGCGCACCUCCUGUCCCAGAGCCUCUACUCGUCGUCCCAUCGCGCCAGCCCGGCCGCGCCCAGGUUCCAGGGCCGACCGCCGGCGUCGGCUUCUCCCGGUGUGAGGCCGAGCUUGAGCGUCAGGGGCCGUCGGGGCCUCUGUCUGAGGGUCACUGCGUCGUUCGAGCCGGGGAGAAGGCAAGUGGAGGUCUCGUACGACCCACAAGCAAAGCUUAACCAGCUAGCGGAUCAAAUUGACAAGAAUGCUGGGAUGACACGGCUCAACCUAUUCUCACCAUGCAAAGUUAAUGUGUUCUUGAGGAUAACCGGGAAGAGACCAGAUGGGUUCCAUGACCUGGCUUCUCUGUUUCAUGUGAUAAGUUUGGGGGAUACAAUCAAAUUCUCAUUGUCACCAAGUAAGAGCAAAGAUCGCUUGUCAACUAAUGUUGCAGGUGUCCCAGUUGAUGAAAGCAAUUUGAUCAUCAAGGCACUCAACCUUUACCGAAAGAAAACUGGGACUGAUAACUAUUUUUGGAUACAUCUUGAUAAGAAGGUCCCAACUGGUGCUGGUCUCGGUGGUGGAAGCAGUAAUGCUGCAACUGCACUAUGGGCUGCGAACCAGUUUAGUGGCUGCAUUGCUUCAGAAAAGGAUCUCCAAGAGUGGUCUGGUGAGAUCGGAUCAGAUAUCCCCUUUUUCUUUUCACGAGGAGUGGCAUAUUGUACUGGCAGAGGAGAGAUCAUCCAAGAUAUCCCAAAUCCCUUGCCGGAAAAUUUACCAAUGGUUCUUAUAAAGCCACCUGAAGCAUGCUCAACCACUGAAGUUUACAAGAGAUUCAGGUUGGAACAAACUAGUCGAGCUGAUCCCUUGACUUUGCUCAAAGAAAUCACCCAAAAUGGGAUAUCACAAGAUGUCUGUGUAAAUGACCUAGAGCCUCCAGCCUUUGAGGUGUUGCCAUCACUUAAGAAGGUGAAGAAACGGAUUAUUGCAGCUAACCGUGGAGAUUAUAGUGCGGUUUUUAUGUCAGGAAGUGGAAGCACAAUAGUUGGCGUUGGUUCCCCAGAUCCGCCUUCAUUUGUGUACGACGAUGAGGACUACAAGGAUGUUUUUGUGUCAGAGGCUUACUUCCUUACUCGGAAUGAGAACGAGUGGUACGGGGAACCAAUCUCAUCAAAAGGCACGUUUAGCAGAGAAGAUUUACGAGCCUCGGUUGCUGACUGAUUUGAGUCAGGUUCUAUAUCUCAGUUUUGUGAUUAUACAGGCUGUGGUCAAUGUAUCGCCAUCUUAGGAAAGAAGAACUUGUACUGUCGAAUUUUGUCCAUAAGGCUCUGAUUCCGUAAAUGGAUCAUUUUCAGUAUAGCAAUUUUUGAUUUUGGUCAACA